UGACCCUAGUUGACGGCCGCCAGCAGGAGAAUCGAUUGCGAUGAACUACUUAAUAUCACACUCUUUUUAUCUCUAACUUCCUUCUGCAUGUGUCCAGCGUCUCGACAUGUCCUCCAAGAGCGUUGUGGUGACAAUAGAGAUUGGCCACAGAGCAACCGUACGACAACAGAGGACCAAUGAAGGGUUUACGCAUGACUGGGAAGUGUACGUCCAGGGUGUCAAUAAAGCACGCAUUGAUGCAUUUGUAGAAAAGAUAGUGUUUACUCUCCACAAAAGCUUUACGAAGCCAAAAAGGGUGGUGAAAAUCCCGCCAUUUAGAGUGACCGAGAAAGGCUAUGGCAGUUUUACCCUCCCAAUUGAGAUAUAUUUUAAGACAAAUCACUCAGAGGACACACGCAAAGCAAGGUUUGAGUAUGACCUAUACCUACAGAAUGUGGAUUCCCCCCCAAUUAGCAAUCACCGCAUAGAGAAGUUAACUUUCCUGAAGUUAUCAGAGGAUUUUAAGAAGAAGCUUUUACAGGGUGGAGGGAUACUCGAAGCUGGUCAAGAGGAUGGUGGAUCAGCUGACAAAAUGGCAGUAUCACGACCAUCAAGUGGGGCCAAGAUCAAGCCCCAUGCAGCUUCCCAGCCUCAACAGGAUAUUGCCAAGAAACACAAACACGAAAUCAAGAAGGAACCAAAAAUAAAGCAAGAAUCCAAAGUAUCAGACCAGUUUUCUGCUUUAUUUGGUGAGCCAAUUAAGCAAGGAGCUGACCAGAAGAAGGUCAGUAAAGACAAAUCUGUCAAAGAAAAGGAGAAGGAGAAGGAGAAGGAAAAAGAGAAGGAAAAGGAGAAAGAAAAGGAGAAGGAGAAAGCAUCGAAUAAAGUACAAGAUAAACAUAAGAGUAAGUCGUCUAGCACAAAAUCAAACAGCGAAAGUAAGAAGGAGAAACACAAAGGGGAAAAGAGCAGUUCUACGUCGUCUUCCAGUGCAGCUCCCGCAGCUACUUUAGGAGAGGGAAAGGACAAGAAGGAAAAGAGUAAAGAAAAGAGUCAUAAGGAGAAACAUAAAAAGGAUAAGGAGAAAGAGAGGGAAAAGCACAAGAAAGAUAAAGAUAGAGAGAAGGAUAGUAAGAAACAUCGUGAUAAGGAAACUUCCAAGAGGCCCGUAUCGCCUGCCUCCAAGCGUUCACUAUCUCCAGGCUCAAAGCGGUCUUUAUCACCGACAAGUAGCAUAAAGUCAGACUCAAGUGCCAAAAGAAAGAAAUAUGACCUUGAAAAUGCAAAGAUCGUUGUUGAGAAACCACCCGAGGAAAUUAAGGAGAAGAAGAAAGAGAAGAAGAAGGAGAAGAAGGAGAAACGUAGAGAAAAGGAAGAAGCAGUAGCAGCAGUGGAGAAUGAGAGAGAAAAGACUGUAGUUGAGAAAGUGAUUGUGAAGACAGAAACUAGCACUAAAAUGGCAGCUCCACCACUCAAGGAAGAGCGUAUUAGCGCCCCUGCAAAGGUAGAAGAGCGAAUGGUAGUGAAAGACAGAGGGAAGAAAGAACCGAAAGUGAAGAAGAGUGUGAAAGAGAUUGUGAAGGAGGAACCUGUGCCAAUAACGCCAGUAAUUGCCAAGGAGAAGAAGAUAAAGGAGAAGCCAGUAGUUGUAGCCGCUCCCCCUGCACCCCCAAGGUCCAGGUCUUCCUCAAAGUCAUCGUCACGAAGCCUCUCCCCGCCAGUCACUUCGUCGAGGUCGCCUUCACCUGCGUACUCCUCCAAGUCUUCCAGGUCGAGGAGUCCUCCUUCGCCAGCUUCCGUUGCUCAUGAUUCGCCCUCACGAUCAGGCUCUCUAUCCAGGUCACAGUCUCCUGUCAGAUCCAAGUCACGAUCACGCUCAAGAUCAAGUUCGGGCUCGAGAAGGUCAGUAUCCAGAACGCCAUCUGUCUCGCGGUCGAAGUCAAGGUCUCGUUCGAGGUCCUUGUCACGCUCACGUUCGCGUUCGCGUUCAAGAUCCAGGUCUAGAUCGGGAUCAAGGUCGAGGUCGAGGUCGAGGUCACGGUCAAGGUCUCAUUCUAGAUCAAGAUCAGGUUCUAGAUCUCCCUCAAGAUCAAGGUCAAGAUCAAGAUCGAGGUCAAGAUCAAGGUCGAGAUCGAGGUCGAGAUCAAGAUCAAGGUCAAGGUCAAGGUCUAGAUCUGCCUCCGGUAGUAGAUCACAGUCCAGUUCUCCAGGAAGGUCAAAAUCCUAUUCUAGGUCACCGACCAGGUCAGUCAGUAGUAGUUCAAGUGGUAGUUCUCCUUACGUAUCAGUUCCAGAAACACAACCCCCUGCUCCUGCUCCACGGGCCAAUGGUGUUGGCCGACCGGCACUUUCAGAAACGGAUGCCAGGGGAGCCCGCAAUCCUCUGAGCAUAAUGAUGACGGAAGUUAGUAGCUCUUCCAGUGAGAGUGAGGAACGAGGAAGUGCUGAAGCUAAAGUUUUGCCCAAAGCAGCAAACAGAUCACCUGCUGAGGUAGCAACUCGCCCUGCUCACACACCUUCGCAGCAUUCCACAGGGACGACACCUCGGCAGAGUGCCAAAGAAGUGGUUGAUUCCAGUGACGAUGAGAGAACAACCGUUGUUAAAGACCCUUCCCGGACAAGUGGCAAGAGAGAAACUAUAUCACGUAAGGUUAUGCAACGAGAAAAAAAGAAAAGGCGCUCUCAGGUUGAGAAUAGCCCGAACCCGGUAAAUCUACCGUUAACCACCCCUGUCGAUUCCAAGCCCUUGAAAGAAGAAAUAAAAUCUGAAGACGUGAAACCUGUCAAGGAAGAAUUGGGCUCCAGGUUGUCUCCAGAAUAUCUACAGGAACUUGUAGAAUUACAACAUAAAAUCAUGACAUCUUCAGAUAGACAGAAACUUCAAAAAGUGGUUGAUAUAAUAGCAGAACAUAGCAGUUUCCAGUUAACUCAGGCACAUUUCAACUUUGACCUGUGUGCUCUUGAUGCUCAAGUUGUGAGGCAGCUCCAGGGAUGUUUUUCAUAGUAGUAAGCCAACAACCUCACACACAAAUGGCGACUUGAAUCCAUGGGUUCUGUCAUAUUAGUUCAAAGAAUUUCCUUUCAUGUGGGGACUGCUCUGGUUCUCGGCAUUUUAAUUCUAGGGUCGGCCUCAAAUCUUGUAUUUUAUAGGACAUGCAGCCUUUAGGAUCAGGAGUACUUGUGGCUUUGAGUUUUUCCUAUUCUAUUGUUAGCUCUCAAUUCUGAAAUUUCAUGCAGCUGUGAUUACUGAUGAGAGUAAUAAUACAAAAUGCAUUUUAGUGAUGCAACUUAUAGUGGAUAAAGAUGUGCAGAGAGCUGGACUAUAUAUUUAUGAUCUCAGUUUAUAAGAUUUCACAUCUGAUCUACAUCUUUUUUUGUAAGUUAGGCCAUUAUAUAUAUUUAUCUGCCAUGAUAUGAAUCAUUAUUCAUCAUGACGGUAUGAUCUGCCAUACUAGUGUUACCCACAGACUAGUGUGAUUGUGCUGUUUAUGCAGCAUGUUACUUACCUGAUGUACAGAUAUUUAUGUCAUCUGCAUUGUUACCUACUUGUUUUACCUCCAAUAGCUGUGCACACCAAAUGGGUUGCUUUUUAAGUGACUUCGCUAGCAUUUUUCUCUCUAUGCAUAUGUGCAAUCAAAGUAAUGAUCAUCAGAACCAGUCUUUUAUGCAAGAAAAAUCUCAGAAUCUCUGUUUUUUCAUUCACCCAACUUGGGCUUCCUUUGUUAACUUAGUCCUCAUUACCCAGUUUUUUGUACAUUUGUAACAUAAUUAAGAUAUGCCACUUUAUUUUCAUUUUGUUAUAUUCAUGUUAUAUGAACCAUGGGUAUGAUGUAUUGGUGCACAUAUCUGGUUUGUGAAUGCAAUGGCUGUACAUCCAUGUCUGUAUCUGUAUGUAAAUAUGUGUGUUUGUCUAUGCAGUGUCAAGUAUGUAUGUGAUUAUAUCUUGUGCUUGAGUAUGUAAGCUAUGGUGUGUGUAUACAUUUGGCAAGAUUUGCAUACUGUGACCAAUGCCAUGUGCAUUAAUAACAUGUUAGCACACUAACUGAAACAGUGUUGUUCACUGAUCUGCCCAUGGCUCUUUACACUUUCACUGAGGCUGUGUAUACAUAAGCUAAGGUUAUUUGUAAAUCAUCAAAAGCUGUUUGUAAAAAGUAGGCUGUGUGAACAUUAUCCAAGGCUGAAAAUGCACUUCUAAAGUGAUUCAUAAUUAAAAGGUUGUCUGAGGUUAUUUGCACAACAGCUGUGAUGGCCUGAGAAGUGUGCUUGAGCUAAGUUUACAAAUACUUUUGCUAGAGGCAUAUAAACAGUAGUCUUGGCCUUGUGUAUUGUUGCCUCUGCCCUUCUCAAAAAAUAAAAGGUAUUUUCUCAGUG